UCUCUCUCUCUCUCUUGUUACCAGACUCUCUGGGGCCUUCGUCGCAGACCACUCCCUUUGGGCCCUUCCCGUGGGCGCGGGGGUGCGGGCCGAUCCGCUCGGCCCACUGACGCUUCGCGCUCGCGCCCCGCGGCCUGCCUGGGAGGGCGGAGGAGUCCGGGGCAGAGUGGAAGAGAGGUGGCGAGUGGGCGGGGCAGGAUGGGAGGGAGACGGGGCCAGAACAGCCGAGGGCGCGUUGUCACUGUGGCGGGGCAAGAGGGAGGCACUCAGCCAGGCAUCCUUCGAUGUGCCUCAAAGCGACGCGGAGGGACUGAAACUUUGUGCACGGAGGCGCCUCGAUAUCAGCAAGCACAUCGGAGGCGAGCUUCUGCAACAGUAACAAGUCUGUCUGAUUCAGACUCUGCGACCGGAUGGCUUCACGUACUGAGUUAUCGUCUCUGCUGUACUUCCUGGUGGUUGGUCGCGCGACACCAUCGGCGACAUCACGAAUGAAGAGGGCCGCUCUCUCAAGCGCAUCCGAUGGUGGUGCCGGUCGCUGCUGCAACCAGGAAUCCAAUACAGACUGAUACUUGGCGGCGGAAUCCAAGUCUGCCUCCACUCGGAACGCUUUGCCUGACGAGGGCCGGCCUCUGACAAAAGACUGUCUUCUUUCGUGUAUGCAAUGCACCAGGAUUGGAUACAAGACGUCGGAGAGGGCCGGAAGCACUCGGCACACGGCCGCAUCGACAUCCUCUUCCGCUGUCAGCUCCAGGACAAGCAGCGCCGACAGGUUGCUGGUGUCCGCCUUGUCAGGGAUGCCGCGCCGAGCAUACUCGAGCCCUGGGGGUGCAUCCUGCUUCCGCCACUUCGCACGCACCUCGUCCAGAGAGGGCCCAGCAGCUCGUGCCCAGGCAGGAGCCCUCCUCUUCGCGUCCUCCGCCGUGUACUUCACCAGGUGCUCGUCCUCCUGUAUGGGCACGCCAGGACGCCUCGCCACGGCCUGAGCCUCUGCAUCGCGGCCCCCCGGAGGGCGAGGGGGGGCCGAGCGCCGAGGCUGCCAGCUGUCGACCACGCGCCGCACCCCGGCGAGGGGAGCGCGGGCGCCGCGCGCGGGCAGGGCAGAGGCGGCCCACGGGCCCGGCGGGGGGGGCACGCUCCGCAUCGUCCUUAGUGCCUCUGCGGGCCCUGCGGGCGGCGAGCCCGCUGGCCCAGGCGUCGACGAGGCGGAGAAUGGCUUUAUACCAGAUGGCUUGAGCCGAGGGGCU